CUCUAUUGGUAUUGGGGUCCCCGACUCGAUCGUCGCAGGUUGGACUUACCCCGCUUGUCACUGAGAAAUAGCUUUUAUCCAUUCUACGUUACACAGUGUAAUAUCGAGUCAUUUACGAUUAUUCGUUUCUCAGUGAUAUAUCUGAGAGGGACUCUUAAACGUUAAACUUUUGGAUUGUUGCAUAUUUUCUGAAAUAAAGCGUCUGUCGUUGCUUGCUGACAUUUCUUACAUUAGACACGCGACGGCAAGGUAUGGCGUUUUUGAGAACGGUGCCGCGUUGCAGUGCCGGUAAAAAGUUAAGGAAGUGUGUGCCACUUCCUGUCGGGUUUCUCGAGAACGUAACGAAACCAUCGGUGCAGUUGGUGCAGGUGCACGAACGUGAAUACACCGGCGCUGCUGCUGAUGUGAAGCCGGCUCCACGACAGGUCGACCCAUUGGAUUUGAAGUUUAACGAUCCAGUAGCAGCUUUCAAAAGCAAAACCACCAAAGAGCUUCUACGUGCUUACGUUGUUUAUCAACUAUGUUCUAUCGAGUUAAUUGCCGAGAACAAUAUGAAGCUAAUGAAAAUAGCCAAGCAGGUUCUUGGCGAGAAGCUUUUCACAAAGCUUAUGAAGGCUACAUUUUACGGUCACUUUGUCGCCGGCGAAGACGAGGUGCAGAUCACUCCUGUCCUGGAUAGGCUGCGACAGUUUGGCGUGAAGCCGAUCCUUGAUUACUCUGUCGAAGAGGACAUCUCUCAAGAGGAAGCUGAAAGACGUGAAAUACAAGCUUCUGUGUCUGAAGCCGGGGACGAGAAAAGGGAAGGGCCCCUGAAGAAGUAUCACGUGGCGAAACCGUUUGCUGAUCGACGGUACAAGGUGUCUUCGGCGAGAACGUACUUCUACCUGAACGAAGCUUCUUGCGAACGGAACAUGGAUAUAUUUAUUAGAUGUCUGGAAUCUGUUGCAGACAAAUGUUUUAUGUCUUCACUUUUCUGUUCAGGUGCUUCAAUGGGUGUAGGUAUUACAGCAAUUAAGCUGACGGCUCUUGGUCGACCACAGCUUUUGCUCCAAUUAUCUGAGGUAAUUAUGCGGGCACGACAAUACAUGUCUGACGUGGUUGGUGGUGAAGGUGCUGUUUUAACCCAUCACGCGAAACCAGAUGACUUCAUGAAAAAAUUCGAGGAAGCACACAUCAAAGAUGAGGCGCCAGUUCAAAAGUUUCUUCAAAAGAUACAGUCGGACAAAGAGGGUGUCAUUCACUUGUUCCCAUGGAGUGGUAUUUUGGACGAAAAUUACGAGCUGAGCGAGACUUUCCAAGUACCUGAUAUUAAAACAGGAAAGAUGGUGAAGCUUAUGUCCCAGUUGACAUCGAAGGAAGAAGAGAUGUUUAGAAACAUGAUUAGACGCCUGAACACUAUAGUUUCGGUGGCUGACAAAUUAAACGUGCGCAUUAUGAUAGAUGCCGAACAAACCUAUUUUCAACCAGCCAUUUCGCGACUGACGUUGGAGAUGAUGCGCAAGUACAAUACAGAUAAGGCCGUGGUGUUCAAUACCUACCAGACAUACUUACAAGAGGCUUAUAACGAGGUGAAAACGGACCUUGAACAAGCAGAACGUCAAAAUUUCUACUUCGGUGCUAAACUCGUCCGCGGAGCUUACAUCGAACAGGAAAGAGCAAGGGCGGCGGCGAUGGGCUACCCUGAUCCAACGAACCCUACGUAUGAGGCUACCACCGAGUCCUAUCAUAAGACGCUUAUGGAGUGCUUAAGGCGAAUGAAACAGUACAAAGAUAAAGGCGAGGAUCCCAGAAAGAUUGGUAUUAUGGUCGCGUCCCAUAAUGAGGAUACAGUACGCUUUGCGAUUGAAAAAAUGAAGGAGAUAGGAAUCUCACCGGAAGAUAAAGUGAUCUGCUUCGGCCAGUUGUUGGGCAUGUGCGACUACAUAACAAUGCCAUUAGGUCAGUCAGGGUACUCAGCAUACAAAUAUAUUCCUUACGGCCCAGUUAAAGAAGUAUUGCCAUAUCUUUCACGGCGCGCGCAAGAGAACCGAGGCAUACUUAAGAAAAUCAAGAAAGAGAAACGUCUUUUGCUGUCAGAGAUAAUGAGACGCUUUGUGCGCGGCCAGAUAUUUUAUAAACCGAAAGGAAACUACACCCCGGUCUGAGCAGCUGAUUCCUAAUCUAUGCACAGACAGAUUUUAAGUAUCAAACUUAAGUAGUGAUUGUAAAUUAUUAAAAGAAAAAAAAACAGGAAAGACUUCUGCGGUACGCAGAAUAACGUGCGCGUGUGUGUGAAUGGAAGUAUUUGCAGUGUUAUUCAUUACGCAAAAUUUCCUCGGUGUGACGUUAUCAAGUGCAAAACUGCUCAAAAUCGCACCAUGUGGUAGAACUAUGUUCAUUGCUCUUUAUGUUCGUUACAGAAAACUUUUCAGUGAACUGCGCUAUGACUUUUUUUAAAGAUGAUCAACACGUUUUACGCUUUCGUUAAUUAAUACCGUGUUCAUUAUAGCGUUCACGAUACCAGUCAUUGAACACCGAUAUUUUCAAUUAUAGUUUAUUUCUACAAAAAACGAAAACCACGAAAAAAAGAAUCGAAAUUUCGUUCACGGUAACCAUUUUCACAUGGUCAUUGUUCAGAAGGUUCCACAAGGGAAUACGAAAUUUGAUCAAUUGGAUUCUAAAAUGAAAUUCUAGUUGAAAUGGAAAGGAAUAAAUAUACCAUUGUUUGAAACGUACUAGCUUUGUUACUAAUGUUUUAUUUAAGAAUCUCGUAGUGCGUGCGUGCACGAUUAUUUAUAGUGGACAUGUUUAAAUAUUUGUUGACGUACGUAAUUUAGUAUUUCUCUCGAUCAGAUAUUAUUUCCGUAUUGAAAAUAUGCAACUGUAAAAUUAUACCCCGUGUAGUGAACUGCAUUUAAUUAAGUGGAAUACUCGUGUGGAUUGAAUUUUCAGCCCAGUUUCAAUGCUUUAUAUGCGUAGUUACCAUGAACGGUUAUUACCAAAGUGAUAGUAUUGGCAAAUACUAGGGACUGCAAGUCGUAGCAGCGUCUGUUUAAUUUUUGAAUGGAAGCGUUCGCACAUACCUUGAGAAAGUGGGUCUUACGAGCUUUUAACGACGACUGUUUUAAUGACGACUGUUAAGAAGUUAAAAAAAAAUGUUGGAAACGUUAUCGGUAAAUAAUUGCUGUAAGCGUGCGAUAAGAGCCACUUUCUAGUAUGUGAUUAUUUCUACGCAUGUUGAAAUGGAAAAAAAUUAAGUAAUCUUGGGCUGAAACAGUGAUAAACUGCAAACUAGGAAUUGAAGUAAAAGUAUGUAAUUGUGACACAUCGUAUAGGUUUUUAAUUCACUUUGCUUCAGCCUAAAGUUGCUUUGUCUUGUCAGAUAAUAUUAGUCUUAAAUACACGAUGUUGUCUCAAUAAUGCGCCCCAGGAAUUAAUACAGCUAAUACACGGUUCUUUGUUACAAAAUUUUUCUUCACGAAUUAAAAUUAAUUUUAAGAAAAUCUCGAAAAAAAAUUUAUAAUUUAUAGAUAAUAAAUUCUUUUCAAGUUUUAAAGAAGAGUUUUACGUAUGUAGUGACGAAACCUGUGCUUUAGCUCAGCAGAAUUUUUAUCGUUUCAAACGGAAAUGACAAAUGACGGAUUCAUAUGUGUUGAAAGAUUUUAAGCGUUAACAUUAUAUUCUCUUGGUGAUGAGAAUGAUUCAAACAAUAAUUUCCACACAGUUUUAUAACACUAUGAUAGUUUCCCGUCAGUAUUCUUUUAGAGAUCAGGGUAGUUUCCUUUGUUUGUCAGGGGUUCUUUCAUUGAUUAUUAUUGUUUUAAACUACACAUACGAUCGUUAUAAACUCCUAACUCUUUUUAGAUGGUAUAUGAACGUACAAUUUUUUAUGAUCUCCUGAGUUACUAUACAUGUGUACUUGCGUAAUGUAUGUGCACAUGUGAAUGCGUAAAUAGUUUGUAUUUGCAACUGUCGAAUAGAAACCUGUGCUUUUUGUAGAACAAAAGUUUUGUACAUUUGUUACAGUUUCUGUUCUGUUUAAGUAAAUCAUGGGAUGACGUUGUACUUGGAAAUCUAGAAAGGAAUUAAAAAAAACAAUGAAUAAAGGGGCAUUGUUGAAGUUAUACUGGCUAUAGCUAAAAGUUUCUAUGUGGCUAAUGGUAUGUGGAAUGUGAGUGAUUUAGGUAUAAUUCUACUUGUUAUAUUUAGUGUUCGACUUCAAGUGUCGAUACAUUAAUUAACUUCUACACGUCUCGUGAUGAUGACAAUACUUUAGGUAGAUAAUGUUACAAAACUUAUAUGCUAUAAGUAUAAACUAUAUGCCAUGAUGGAAUGAGUUCAUGGAUUUUGAAGUGAAUGACACGAGAUUAGUCAAUAAAAGAAGUGGUAGAAUGUGAAGUUACGGUGAUAUUAUCUUCGUACGAAGUUGUACGAGUCAAUACAUAACGAUUAUACGCGAAGAACGUUUACUAACGCGGCCGUGCAUUCUACUGCCAAACUGAAACUAUAUAAGAUAUUCUUUCUUGGCUCGAAUAUUAUAAUAACUAUUUGCCUGAGUGUGAAUAAUAUAUUUAUGAUGAAAGUAGUACAAUGGUGUUCACUAUAUUGUUUUUAACAAUCAGUGUUAUAUAGUAAUAUUGACUUAUUGUGAACAGGAUUAUAUAUAUACAUAUAUGUAAUUUAAUAAUUGAAAAAGUGGUUAUCAUAAUAUUCUGGUAUUUGCUUUUUCGUAGAGACACUGUCAUUGAAUCCGAUCAUCGAGUAAUAUAUUUUCGAUGAUUGAAAAGUGUGUCACGGUGGAAGAUGAAAGUAAAUUGAAACGUUGAUCAAUAUAAAAUAAGAUAAUAUUUAUUAUUUCACGAAAUACAGUUAAUAUAUGCUUUUGCAAUACCGUU